AUCAGAGAUAUCGAAAAAUAUUCGAGGGGAAAAAAACAAGAGCAGAGAAACGUCGCGCAAGACGGUCCGAUAAUCCCCAAAUUCGCAAAGAUUUUUUUUGAAAAGGCAGGCGAUCGAAACCUCCACCCUGAUAGCUCAGGAACCCACGUUCAAUUCCCUCCCCGUCUUCCUGCACUCAGUGAUUGA